GGCAGAGAGAGCAGAGACAGAGAGACAGAGAGCGAUAAGCAGAGGGAGCUCCUCAUCCGCCUGCUCCCUCCCUAUAUAUAAUCCCCAAUUUCGUCUCCCAGCAUAUAAAGCCUCCCGAUUUCGAACCCCUCCCCCCACUCCGCUCCCCCGAUCCGCACCCUCUCCCUCCUCACCGCGCUCCGCGACCUCCCGGAUCUCGCCCCCAGGGCCGUCGUCGACCGGCAACCAGCGCAGGCGAGGCGAUAUGGCCACCUUCGAGCUGUACAGGCGGUCCACCAUUGGCAUGUGCCUCACCGAGACGCUCGACGAGAUGGUCUCCAGCGGCACCCUCAGCCCUGAGCUCGCCAUCCAAGUGCUUGUCCAGUUCGAUAAGUCUAUGACGGACGCACUGGAAACCCAAGUGAAGAGCAAGGUUACUGUCAAGGGCCAUCUGCACACCUACAGGUUCUGCGACAACGUGUGGACAUUCAUCCUGACGGACGCGCAGUUCAAGAACGAGGAGACGACCGAGCAGGUGGGCAAGGUGAAGAUCGUGGCCUGCGACUCCAAGCUACUCACCCAAUAAGCAGCUCGCUGCUGACUCCCG